CCGAGAAGGUGACUUCUCUGGGGAAGGACUGGCACCGGCCCUGUUUGAGAUGUGAAAAAUGUAACAAGACACUGACGUCUGGAGGCCAUGCAGAGCAUGAUGGCAAGCCAUACUGCAACCACCCCUGCUAUGCCGCCUUAUUCGGGCCCAAAGGGUUCGGCCGGGGAGGAGCCGAGAGCCACACGUUCAAGUAA